AUGAAUGUUCAAAAAAUUGUAACUUUUUGUUUCGUUAUAUCUUAUUUAUUAUAUUGUCAUAUUAUAUGGAAUGGAUGUUAUAACAUUUAUUCCAGUUCUGAAGAUGAAGUAUAUAACUUAUUAUAUUAUAGAAAAAAAGCACCUAAAACCGUAAAGUUAGAAAUAAGGAAUAAGUUAAAGAUAAAAGAUAUCCAAAAGGUCUAUGUCAAAAAAACACCAUGUCCUGUCUUACCUAGACCAAUUAAAUCCAUUUUUCAUUUAAACUGGUUUAGAAAGUCACCUGAUUUAAUACCCAUAAGUAUGCAGCUAUAUUCUAUGUUUGACGAAAAAAAUAAUUUCCUAGGUUUUGUCCUUCUGUGUUCUGCUAUCUUUACAAUUAUAGAAUGGAUUUAUUUAGUCUAUUUAGUAGGUUCAUUACUAUGGGACGGUGUUAUUAAGCCAAUUUUUAAAAUUCUCUAUAUGGGAAUAUCAGUAUACUUGAUAAUAAGAUUUAGUAUUUCCAAAGAAUUUGGGAACGUAUUCAAUAAAGUUAUUCAAGAAAAUUCGAUAGUAGAAAAGGAACUAUAA